AUGGCUAAAGUUGAUUUCCAGUCUCCAGCGUUUUGGUGCAACCUUCACAGGGACAGGAAGAAAAUCACAAUCUCGAUCGAUCAAAACAUAUACUCCGAUGUUGAUGCUCUCAAAAAGAGAAAGCAUAUUAGUUCCCAGAUUUGGAAAGGCUAUUCAGUGAAGAAAGGCCCCAAGUAUGCUUCUAAAAGGAAAAAGGUGGCUACUGAUUUGAAUCGCGAAAAUUUACAGAGGAGUGAUUGGAAGGAGAUUGAGUUCAAAGAAUAUAACUUCCUUGCAAAGGGCCAGCCAACAGAGGGAGGCUCCUCGCCGCCGGACCAAAUCGCGACUGGAGAACUUACCUCCACUGUAGAAUUUUCGCCGGAGAAGAUGCAUGUAGGAGCCGCGCGACUCUCGGGAAAGUGCUGUCAUGCCGGGCUGAGGAGAGCUCGCCGGAAAAUGGCCGGACCUCGCCAUAAGCUGAUGGAUGUGGCGGAAGGUGGCCGGAAUCCGCUAUCUACGACGAACUGUACACCUUUCGACAAAUGGGGCGCUUUCGACAACCUUGGACGCCGUAAAAUCGACCAGGAGCCACGAGACGUUCAGGAAAUGAAGAUUUGA